AUUAGAUGCCAGCUUGUUCUUCCUCUCUCUCGGCACCUGCGAUUUGGACUUUUUGAACAUAGUCCCGCGAGUAGACCGGAAUCAUGGCCGUCGGAAAGAACAAGCGUCUGUCUAAGGGAAAGAAGGGAUUGAAGAAGAAGGUUGUGGACCCCUUCUCCCGCAAGGACUGGUAUGACCUCAAGGCCCCAUCGUUCUUUGAGGUUCGCAAUGUCGGAAAGACCCUUGUCAACCGUACCCAGGGUUUGAAGAACGCCAACGACGCUCUCAAGGGCCGUGUCUUUGAGGUCUCUCUUGCCGACCUGAACAACAACCAAGAAGACUCUUUCAGGAAGGUCAAGCUCCAGGUCCAGGAGAUUCAGGGAAAGAACUGCCUGACCAACUUUCACGGCAUGGAUUUCACAUCUGACAAGCUCCGUUCCCUUGUCAAGAAGUGGCAGUCCUUGAUCGAGGCCUUUGUGGAUGUCAAGACCACCGACGGCUACCUCCUCCGCCUGUUCACCAUUGCCUUCACACAACGCCGCAAGAACCAACAGCGCAAGACCACCUACGCUACCCACGCUCAGAUCCGUGCUAUUCGCAAGAAGAUGUUCGAGAUCAUGACCCGUGAGGCCGCCUCUUGCGACUUGAGGGAGCUUGUGCAAAAGUUCGUUCCCGAGGUCAUUGGAAAGGAGAUUGAGAAGGCUUGCCAGGGUAUUUACCCCCUCCAGAACGUAUACGUACGGAAGGUGAAGAUCUUGAAGGCACCCAAAUUUGACUUGGGCAAGCUUCUUGAGCUUCACGGUGAGGCAGUUGAGGACAAGGGAUCCAAGGUGGUCGGAAGCUCCAAAGAGGUCAAGGAGAUCCCUGUCUUUGAAAGUGUGUAAAGGCCUGUCUGUAAUAUAGGAGUAAUGCCUUUCUCCAAAUACACUGCAUUUUGAAAUAGUUUAUGUGUGCUGUCUUUAUCUCUUUGGAUUUGGACGUCCUUGUGCCAUUUCAAGUUCACUGUUGUGUACCGUCAUGUUUAAGCAAAACAAGUCUCACUCU